GUAAACUAUGGCUCCAGACAAAUAGUCCUAGCUCCAGUCUCCGACACAAAUAGUCCUAGCUCCAGUCUCGAGGUCAAAUAAAUCUCUAGUUGUAGUUCAAUAGUCGUUCGACUCGUCUCCUACUUUCGUUAUAAUGGAUUGAGUGAUCGCAAUGUUACAAGAGUGGGCGUUUGUAAGAAGAGGGGAGGUCAAUUGAACCAUUCAAUACAUUCAACUUCAAUACAUUCUAACUAUACUUACGUCGUGACGUUAUUCACCGCGUGUAUUAAAACAUUCGCUUUAAGGCCUAUACUUUAACAGAGUGCAUCGAGUGGUACUUUAACAAGCAAUCACUGAUAAAUCAUAGCUGAUAAUAUUCUUUAAGUUUUUCUGAGAUAGUGAAAGUUAUCUGAAAUAUUGAAAAACGUGUCUUUUGUUUGAAUUCUCAGUGUCGGAAAAAAUCAGACAUCUGGAGAUGAGAACAUACGUAUUGUAAAUUAUAAAUCUUUUUAUCACACGCUACAAAAAGUAAAGAUUAAUUGUCACGUAAUAAAUCGCAUGUGACAAGAUAACAACUAUAUAAAGCGAGGUAGUAUUAUUGCAUUCCAGUAUUGUUCACACUUAUCAACGAGGUUGCUUACGCUUAUAAACGAGAUUGUAACGUUGUAUACGUUCAGAUACGAUUAUGGCUCAAAAUAGAAAUAUUGACUUGAGUAUAGUAAAUGACAAGUUUACGGAAAAAGUACUGCAAGACAUUCUCUGUAAGGCAUAUAAUGGGAAAAAAGUGCAACUUACGGAUUGGAAAUUUGGUGAUGAAUUUGCCAAAGGUGACAACUACUUGUCAGUUGUUAACAGGAUUGCAUUAUAUGGUAUUAUGAAUGAUGAAACAAGACAAGAAGUUCAAGUUAAUAUUGUUGUAAAGUCUAUUCCUCAGAAUGUUGGCCGUAGGAAAACUUUUAGAAGCUCAGACUUUUUCUCUAAUGAAAUUGUAUUUUACACACAGGUAGUUCCUAAGUUUGAGAAGUUCUUGAAAGAAAAAGGAAAGAGCAAUCUAUUAUGCAUACCACGUUACCUAAACUCCUAUAUGGAUGGUGAAAAUGAUUUUAUAGUACUGGAAGAUGCCACACCUUUAGGAUUUGGACCUGCAUCAAGACAGAGCUGUAUAGAUUGGGCAGAAUGCAUAGUAAUAUUAGAGGCACUCGCAAAAUUUCAUGCCAUCUCUUUCGCAUAUAAGGAUCAAAAGGAGGAAUUUGCAGAGAUUGUAAAUUGUUUAAAAGAUACUUAUUUUGGUGAACAUGUUUGGAAUUGGUACCGAAAAUUUCAUGAGAGAUUAAUAAGAAUAGCUAAACAUGCAUUAAUGACUGAAUAUCCUGACAGCAAAAGUGUGAAGCAAUUUAAUUCUUAUAAAUUUGGUGCACUAUAUGACAUAUGUGUAAAAUUAGUAUGCGAGAGAAAACAUGCUCCUACAUCUGUCAUAUGUGCAGGCGAUUGUUGGGCACCAAACUUUUUAGUUCGAGACAUUGGCCAAAAUCAAAAGGAGGCAUUACUACUCGACUUUCAAUUAGCACGUACUGCCAGUCUUGUCACAGACUUAUCCUUUCUGAUUUAUUCAUGCACUCAGCAAUCAUUUCGAGAUCAAUAUUUUGACAAUAUCUUGGAAACUUAUCAUUCCUUUUUGAGCGAUGCUAUCAGAACUCUUGGAUCUGACCCAGAAAAGAUCUAUCCAUGGGACUUGUUCAUGAAAGAAGUGAAGGAGAAUUUUAUUCUGGGUGCAAUUUUUGCGCUCGAAGCUAUUCCAUUUACACUAUUUGAUCCGUCUCAAUCAUUCGAUUUGGACGCUAUUAUCAAAGGUGACGAGGCAGUGGAUAUUGCCGAUGUAUGGAAUCUACACGAAAUUGAAUCGUCUAGUGGAAGAAAAAGAUUGGCAGAUAUGUUGGUUCAUGCUGUUGAGCAUGGAUAUUUAUAAGAUGAAUUUUUACACAAGAAACAUCUUUACUGUUUCUAUUGGUUCAAUAUUAGUUUAAUAUUAGAAUUAAUUAUUAACCACGAAAUGAUAUAUUAUAGAAAAAAUUUCAUUUUUGAUAACACAGCCUCUGAACACAAUACGAAACAAAAUUUUAAGUAUUAUAUAGAAAGUAUGAAUCUAAUUCCUAGCUCUCCACAAGAAGUCUCUGUGGUCUCUUGCCUUUUAAAGUAAUAUGUAAAUAUAUAUUUGGGAAAUGUCUUUUUUUUUUACAUAUAUAAUCUUUAUUAAAUGUGCUUGCAUUAAAUAAAAUAGAGACAAUCUA